AUAAAGUCAUGCCCCCAUGAAAACACCGCAUUGCGUGAGUACGCAGCUGGCGUUGUUUAUUUUGUAAAGUUGUGUUUUUUUUUUACUCCGUUUCCUGCUUCCCAUCUGAUUCCUUCGGUCAGCGUCAAAUUUUGUCUCAAGUGCCACAACCAACUCCAAAAGAAGAUGGAGAAGAAAUAAAAUAAUCAGGACAUUAACCGUAGCUUGCCGGGACAGAACCGGUUUUGCUGCGGGUACGUAAUCGGCAGUGAAAAUAAAAUCUGCGACAACACCAUCGAACAAAGAUCUGGAACGACAUCAAAUCGAGGAAGAAGGGAUGCUACGGCCGGUAAAAAGAAGCCGGUCCCAAUAAAAAUCAGUUCCCCAGAUUGACUCCCACAUCAUUCGCCAACAGCGUCCGGAAUCAACAGCAUACGGCGCAAGCGAAGCACAUAGUACUUUCCAAGCGCACACCGUUUAAGCUGGUUCAGUACAUCAAGGGAAGCACAAUGAAUCCGUUGCGAUUCAUUGCGAUCGUGUUGAUUGGACUAUUUUGCUGCUCCCAAACGGUCUAUUCGCAGGGUCAAGCCGUUUGGGGCUAUCAGUGUGUGAACGAUCGAUGCGUUAAAAAGGCAAUAUCAGAAUCGUCCUUUCCAACCGAGAAAGCGAUCAGUCUUCCAGCAUGUCGUCUGUUCUGUGGUUCAGGUGCGGGACUACUGUGGCCCCAGCCAACCGGCGAUUUACAAGUAGGCAACGAUCUAGCGCACAUCGAUCCGGACCAGGUGUGGUUUGAGUGGAAUGAAAAUUUCCACAACCUGGUAAGUCUUUGGGAGGCAAACAAGGAACGAUUCCUAAAGCAGUUGAAGGCGAGAACACAAAAAAAUACCCCUAAAAGUGGUGGAAAAGCGGUGCGCGUUAAAAUUAAUGUGGAAGAUGAAUCACUCACGCUUAAUUACAAAACUGACGAAAGCUACCGCCUAACGGUUGGCGCCGGCACGAAUGGUGAGCUGCUUGCUACCGUAGUAGCAAAAACAUUCUUCGGAGCAAGACACGGGCUGGAAACAUUGUCGCAAUUUGUGCUGUACGAUGAUAUUCGAAACGAGCUGCAGAUGGUUGUAACGGUGGCCGUAUCCGAUGCUCCGGCAUAUCCUCAUCGUGGACUGGCGCUCGACACAUCACGGAAUUUUAUCGACCUGGAAUCGCUCCGCCGAACAAUCGAUGGUAUGGCCAUGGUUAAGCUGAACGUGUUCCACUGGCAUAUAACGGAUACACAAAGCUUCCCACUAGUCAUUACAUCACGUCCUACCUUACACACCUACGGAGCCUACAAUAGGCGCGAGGUAUACACGGCAGAAGACGUGCGACAACUGGUGCAGUAUGCGCUCGAGCGCGGUAUCCGUGUUAUACCGGAGCUGGACGCACCGGCGCACGUGGGUGAGGGUUGGGAGAAGCUCGGUGUGACGGCAUGCUUCAACUAUCAACCGUGGGAGAACUACUGCGUUGAGCCACCGUGCGGUCAGCUGGAUCCGACCCAGGACGCUCUUUACGAUAUCCUGGAGGAUGUGUACCGAGAGAUGAACACCAUGUUUAACCGUUCGGACAUUUUCCACAUGGGAGGUGAUGAGGUGUCGAUUCGUUGCUGGAACGCUACCACACGCAUACAGAGCUGGAUGAAUGAGCAAGAAUGGGGCUUACAGCAGGCAGAUUUUAUGAAGCUGUGGAAUUACUUCCAAACGGAGGCGUUGAACCGAUUGGACAAAACGUUACCCGUAGGUGAUAAGAGACCGAUCAUCAUGUGGACGAGCAAGCUCACUGAAUCACCCUACCUAGAGCAGUAUCUAAACAAGGAUCGUUACAUCAUACAAGUGUGGACUAUGGGCAACGAUAGCAAAGUACACAAUCUCCUAGAGAAAGGUUACCGGCUGAUCAUGUCGAACUAUGACGCACUCUACCUCGACUGUGGUUUUGCCGGGUGGGUAACGGACGGUAGCAAUUGGUGUGCCCCGUACAUCGGCUGGCAGAAGGUGUACAACAACGAUCUGAUGGCCAUUGGAGGACCUUACGCACAGCAGAUACUCGGUGCAGAAGCUGCCCUCUGGACGGAGCAAUCGGACAGCCACACGUUGGAUAAUCGUCUUUGGCCAAGGCUAAGUGCUCACGCAGAGCGAGUCUGGAGUAAUCCACGAUCCAGCUGGCAAAUGGCGGAAUCACGCAUGCUUCUGCAUCGCGAACGAUUGAUCGAGGAGGGAAUUGCGGCAAACAGUAUUCAGCCAAAAUGGUGCCUACAGAAUGAAGGCAACUGUCCGAUUGGUGGCGAUGGUGGACGUUCAUAAGAAAAGCUUGAUGAACGAAAUACUAGGGUUAGAGCAGAAUCAGAGCAAGACCAGAGCAAAGCGACAGAAACAAGUGUAUCUUUCCUUACACAUUCGAAAUUCAGCUUCCAUAGACUUUAAUCGCUGUUAAUUUGUUAUUUUCGAUUAAAUUUGUUAAUAAAAACGAACGGAUGAUUUGAGUAUAUAUAUA